AUGGCCAAUGCCAAACCAAUGUCUGACGACCGGACUUCGUGGGUUUUCCAGUAUCGAUAUCUCAGCGUGCCUCUUCUAGCUGUGGCAUGCCUCAGCGAGAUGUCAUACUGUGCCCAUGAGAGAAAGAUGGGUGUGAUACCGAUUCCAUUCAUUGUCGGGUUUACUCUUGCUGGGGUUCUUAAGAAUACAGCGGAGGAGGUUCUGUCAGAUCUCAAGGAAGAAGGGUUUCCCUGGUAUUUGUUUCUGAUUGUGAGCUUCUUCACAUUACUCAAAUUGCCUGGCCCAUAUUAUCCAUACUGGGGCCGGUUAUUGAUUCCUCACUUUGCUAAUGGUGGUCUUUGGAGGACUGUUUGGCUAAUAUUUAUGUGGUAUAAAGGGCCUAAUGUGACACCUGAAGCUUCCGUAUAGGCUGUUGUUUAUAGAUGGAUGCCUUAUCUCUGUAUGGUGUUAGGAACAGGAGGGGUUUCAUCAAAGAAAACAGUGGGAUGCAUCUUCAAAACUUUUCUAUAAUCCAUGAGAAUGGAAAAUUAUGUCCAAGUGUAACUCUAACUUCUCAAACAUUUCAUUUCAUUAGACUGAACUGUCGAAUUACUUUCUGGUCUUUCUGCAUAGCAGUACUAAACUACUAAAUUUCUCAGUUAUAGAGUUCUAAUGUUGAAAUAUUGAGCUAAUUUUCUAAUCAGCGCUUUAAGGAUGCUUAGAUAGAUCAUUGGCUGUUAUGCAAGAUAAAUGCAUUUUAGGUGCAGCUUUAGCAGGAAAAGUGCUCAAGACCAAUUGUUGAUGAUAACUGACAAUUUUCUCUGUUGGAAAUCUUGGUUUAUGACGAAACGAGCAACAAUAGUAAAUGUAUUUUAGCUCUGUUUGGUUGCUAAAAGAUGGUGGUUUGUUUUGCAUCGUUCGGCUGCUGAAAUGGAGUUGGUCGAGGAGAACCAGAGACCACUGGUUAAAUUUUGAGGUAGUAUUUCAGAGAGCACGAGAAAGAGUUCAAGUAUUUGGAUAACUUGUCCAAAUAUUUGUGCUGUCUCGAAGCUUCCCUGUCAUUUCCUCUGUUUCACAGGGGCAGAACCUAUUGACAACUUGUCAUCAAAUAUGAUGCAGAUGAUGAAUGGUGAUUAUGUAGCUCUUGUUUUCAUAGUUCAAAAAAGCUACGCAUGAUUUGUGUUUGGCAAAGUUCACCGGUGGUGUCAGAUUCUUGUUUGGUUGUCCAUUUGCGAUGCCAUCAUAGCAAGGGAUCAAAGGACAGGCUGUUGCGUUUCUGGCCCUAGUCCAAGAUGCAUCGAUGAGGGAGCAUGCGGAAGUCGGUCCAUGUGAAGUGGGACCUCAUGGAAACCAUCAGCAGCUUCUUUGAUCCCAAUUGGAUACAAUCUUGGAUAUCAUCGUCGCUGCAGUCCGAAGAAGGAAACCAUCAGUUUGAACUAAGUGGGAGGACAGGAACUUGGAGACUGACUCUACUUUUUCCGGAUUCAACAGCUACUACGAACUCCAAUUCAUCAUGCAGUCUCGUCAUCAUCAUCAUCAUCAUCAUGAUGCACCAUAUUCACAUUGAUCGGAGAGCAAGUGAUCUCAGCUGCCUAAUGUUUAUAAUGGAUUGGGCAUUUGCCUUUGGAAAUUCUUGCUUACGCUGGAACACGAAGCUAAUGCUCUGCUGGAAAGUCGAAUACUUGGAUGUUUCUGCAUUGUGUCAUGAAUCAGAAAGAGGAAAUUAGCAUCCAUGACCGGGACAGUGAUAAACCUGGAGCAUAAUACUUAUAUAUGACUAGUGGUGGGAUCGAUCCGAGUGACAUUUGAACCUUGAGAAGGCCAUCGUUGUUGUUAGUUGUGACUCUGUCUGUACAUGGAUACACCUCCUCGGAGGACAUGGAAAUUUGACAUGAAAGGAUAAGCUGUGAAAGCUUGUUAGGAAGCUACCGUUUCUUAUUGAAAAACUAGAUUCAAUUAUUAUCAGUGUUCUCGCUUGUCAUCAAAUAUGAUGCAGAUGAUGAAUGGUGGUCAAAAAAGCUACGCAUGAUUUGUGUUUGGCAAAGUUCACCGGUGGUGUCAGAUUCUUGUUUGGUUGUCCAUUUGCGAUGCCAUCAUAGCAAGGGAUCAAAGGACAGGCUGUUGCGUUUCUGGCCCUAGUCCAAGAUGCAUCGAUGAGGGAGCAUGCGGAAGUCGGUCCAUGUGAAGUGGGACCUCAUGGAAACCAUCAGCAGCUUCUUUGAUCCCAAUUGGAUACAAUCUUGGAUAUCAUCGUCGCUGCAGUCCGAAGAAGGAAACCAUCAGUUUGAACUAAGUGGGAGGACAGGAACUUGGAGACUGACUCUACUUUUUCCGGAUUCAACAGCUACUACGAACUCCAAUUCAUCAUGCAGUCUCGUCAUCAUCAUCAUCAUCAUCAUGAUGCACCAUAUUCACAUUGAUCGGAGAGCAAGUGAUCUCAGCUGCCUAAUGUUUAUAAUGGAUUGGGCAUUUGCCUUUGGAAAUUCUUGCUUACGCUGGAACACGAAGCUAAUGCUCUGCUGGAAAGUCGAAUACUUGGAUGUUUCUGCAUUGUGUCAUGAAUCAGAAAGAGGAAAUUAGCAUCCAUGACCGGGACAGUGAUAAACCUGGAGCAUAAUACUUAUAUAUGACUAGUGGUGGGAUCGAUCCGAGUGACAUUUGAACCUUGAGAAGGCCAUCGUUGUUGUUAGUUGUGACUCUGUCUGUACAUGGAUACACCUCCUCGGAGGACAUGGAAAUUUGACAUGAAAGGAUAAGCUGUGAAAGCUUGUUAGGAAGCUACCGUUUCUUAUUGAAAAACUAGAUUCAAUUAUUAUCAGUGUUCUCGCUUGUCAUCAAAUAUGAUGCAGAUGAUGAAUGGUGGUAAGCUCAGAAUUAAGCGAACUCUUUGUUCGGUGUCUCCAACUUUGUCUGUUAAAUACCAACUGCUUGUCAUCUUUUCUAAAUUCAAUAUGUUCUGCUCAUAUUUAUGAACCAACUUUGUCUGUUAAAUACCAACUGCUUGUCAUCUUUUCUAAAUUCAAUAUGUUCUGCUCAUAUUUAUGAACCUUUGAAAUUCUUGUGCACCGAAAAUUAACAUAUUUGUAUUGGUAGCUGCAGCAAAAUAGAAUCUGAUUAAAUUUUAAAGCAAGAUUAGAAAAGAAUUUUAUUCUCUGCUUUUUUUUUUUUCAGAUAUUGUUGUAGACACACUAGUUACUAGUUCCAUUAUUUAGGAAGAUUGUGAAUUUAUCAAUCCAUUAUCUUUGCAUUAAAUUUCAUUUUUCAUUAUCAUCAGUGUUCUCGCUUGCAAUAUUUCCCAUUUAUGCUUUGCUUGAAAGCUUGUUAGGAAGCUACCGUUUCUUAUUGAAAAACUAGAUUCAAUUAUUAUGGCCCAUGAAAAAGUACAAAUUUGACACAAAAUGUAGUAUAUGGUUUGUAUAUAACCUUCAGCAUGUUUCAGCAUCUUUCGUAGUAAAAUAUAGAUCCAUCUUGUAACUUACUCGGAAUGUCUCAGAUUAUGUAGCUCUUGUUUUCAUAGUUCAAAAAAGCUACGCAUGAUUUGUGUUUGGCAAAGUUCACCGGUGGUGUCAGAUUCUUGUUUGGUUGUCCAUUUGCGAUGCCAUCAUAGCAAGGGAUCAAAGGACAGGCUGUUGCGUUUCUGGCCCUAGUCCAAGAUGCAUCGAUGAGGGAGCAUGCGGAAGUCGGUCCAUGUGAAGUGGGACCUCAUGGAAACCAUCAGCAGCUUCUUUGAUCCCAAUUGGAUACAAUCUUGGAUAUCAUCGUCGCUGCAGUCCGAAGAAGGAAACCAUCAGUUUGAACUAAGUGGGAGGACAGGAACUUGGAGACUGACUCUACUUUUUCCGGAUUCAACAGCUACUACGAACUCCAAUUCAUCAUGCAGUCUCGUCAUCAUCAUCAUCAUCAUCAUGAUGCACCAUAUUCACAUUGAUCGGAGAGCAAGUGAUCUCAGCUGCCUAAUGUUUAUAAUGGAUUGGGCAUUUGCCUUUGGAAAUUCUUGCUUACGCUGGAACACGAAGCUAAUGCUCUGCUGGAAAGUCGAAUACUUGGAUGUUUCUGCAUUGUGUCAUGAAUCAGAAAGAGGAAAUUAGCAUCCAUGACCGGGACAGUGAUAAACCUGGAGCAUAAUACUUAUAUAUGACUAGUGGUGGGAUCGAUCCGAGUGACAUUUGAACCUUGAGAAGGCCAUCGUUGUUGUUAGUUGUGACUCUGUCUGUACAUGGAUACACCUCCUCGGAGGACAUGGAAAUUUGACAUGAAAGGAUAAGCUGUGAAAGCUUGUUAGGAAGCUACCGUUUCUUAUUGAAAAACUAGAUUCAAUUAUUAUCAGUGUUCUCGCUUGUCAUCAAAUAUGAUGCAGAUGAUGAAUGGUGGUAAGCUCAGAAUUAAGCGAACUCUUUGUUCGGUGUCUCCAACUUUGUCUGUUAAAUACCAACUGCUUGUCAUCUUUUCUAAAUUCAAUAUGUUCUGCUCAUAUUUAUGAACCAACUUUGUCUGUUAAAUACCAACUGCUUGUCAUCUUUUCUAAAUUCAAUAUGUUCUGCUCAUAUUUAUGAACCUUUGAAAUUCUUGUGCACCGAAAAUUAACAUAUUUGUAUUGGUAGCUGCAGCAAAAUAGAAUCUGAUUAAAUUUUAAAGCAAGAUUAGAAAAGAAUUUUAUUCUCUGCUUUUUUUUUUUUCAGAUAUUGUUGUAGACACACUAGUUACUAGUUCCAUUAUUUAGGAAGAUUGUGAAUUUAUCAAUCCAUUAUCUUUGCAUUAAAUUUCAUUUUUCAUUAUCAUCAGUGUUCUCGCUUGCAAUAUUUCCCAUUUAUGCUUUGCUUGAAAGCUUGUUAGGAAGCUACCGUUUCUUAUUGAAAAACUAGAUUCAAUUAUUAUGGCCCAUGAAAAAGUACAAAUUUGACACAAAAUGUAGUAUAUGGUUUGUAUAUAACCUUCAGCAUGUUUCAGCAUCUUUCGUAGUAAAAUAUAGAUCCAUCUUGUAACUUACUCGGAAUGUCUCAGAUUAUGUAGCUCUUGUUUUCAUAGUUCAAAAAAGCUACGCAUGAUUUGUGUUUGGCAAAGUUCACCGGUGGUGUCAGAUUCUUGUUUGGUUGUCCAUUUGCGAUGCCAUCAUAGCAAGGGAUCAAAGGACAGGCUGUUGCGUUUCUGGCCCUAGUCCAAGAUGCAUCGAUGAGGGAGCAUGCGGAAGUCGGUCCAUGUGAAGUGGGACCUCAUGGAAACCAUCAGCAGCUUCUUUGAUCCCAAUUGGAUACAAUCUUGGAUAUCAUCGUCGCUGCAGUCCGAAGAAGGAAACCAUCAGUUUGAACUAAGUGGGAGGACAGGAACUUGGAGACUGACUCUACUUUUUCCGGAUUCAACAGCUACUACGAACUCCAAUUCAUCAUGCAGUCUCGUCAUCAUCAUCAUCAUCAUCAUGAUGCACCAUAUUCACAUUGAUCGGAGAGCAAGUGAUCUCAGCUGCCUAAUGUUUAUAAUGGAUUGGGCAUUUGCCUUUGGAAAUUCUUGCUUACGCUGGAACACGAAGCUAAUGCUCUGCUGGAAAGUCGAAUACUUGGAUGUUUCUGCAUUGUGUCAUGAAUCAGAAAGAGGAAAUUAGCAUCCAUGACCGGGACAGUGAUAAACCUGGAGCAUAAUACUUAUAUAUGACUAGUGGUGGGAUCGAUCCGAGUGACAUUUGAACCUUGAGAAGGCCAUCGUUGUUGUUAGUUGUGACUCUGUCUGUACAUGGAUACACCUCCUCGGAGGACAUGGAAAUUUGACAUGAAAGGAUAAGCUGUGAAAGCUUGUUAGGAAGCUACCGUUUCUUAUUGAAAAACUAGAUUCAAUUAUUAUCAGUGUUCUCGCUUGUCAUCAAAUAUGAUGCAGAUGAUGAAUGGUGGUAAGCUCAGAAUUAAGCGAACUCUUUGUUCGGUGUCUCCAACUUUGUCUGUUAAAUACCAACUGCUUGUCAUCUUUUCUAAAUUCAAUAUGUUCUGCUCAUAUUUAUGAACCAACUUUGUCUGUUAAAUACCAACUGCUUGUCAUCUUUUCUAAAUUCAAUAUGUUCUGCUCAUAUUUAUGAACCUUUGAAAUUCUUGUGCACCGAAAAUUAACAUAUUUGUAUUGGUAGCUGCAGCAAAAUAGAAUCUGAUUAAAUUUUAAAGCAAGAUUAGAAAAGAAUUUUAUUCUCUGCUUUUUUUUUUUUCAGAUAUUGUUGUAGACACACUAGUUACUAGUUCCAUUAUUUAGGAAGAUUGUGAAUUUAUCAAUCCAUUAUCUUUGCAUUAAAUUUCAUUUUUCAUUAUCAUCAGUGUUCUCGCUUGCAAUAUUUCCCAUUUAUGCUUUGCUUGAAAGCUUGUUAGGAAGCUACCGUUUCUUAUUGAAAAACUAGAUUCAAUUAUUAUGGCCCAUGAAAAAGUACAAAUUUGACACAAAAUGUAGUAUAUGGUUUGUAUAUAACCUUCAGCAUGUUUCAGCAUCUUUCGUAGUAAAAUAUAGAUCCAUCUUGUAACUUACUCGGAAUGUCUCAGAUUAUGUAGCUCUUGUUUUCAUAGUUCAAAAAAGCUACGCAUGAUUUGUGUUUGGCAAAGUUCACCGGUGGUGUCAGAUUCUUGUUUGGUUGUCCAUUUGCGAUGCCAUCAUAGCAAGGGAUCAAAGGACAGGCUGUUGCGUUUCUGGCCCUAGUCCAAGAUGCAUCGAUGAGGGAGCAUGCGGAAGUCGGUCCAUGUGAAGUGGGACCUCAUGGAAACCAUCAGCAGCUUCUUUGAUCCCAAUUGGAUACAAUCUUGGAUAUCAUCGUCGCUGCAGUCCGAAGAAGGAAACCAUCAGUUUGAACUAAGUGGGAGGACAGGAACUUGGAGACUGACUCUACUUUUUCCGGAUUCAACAGCUACUACGAACUCCAAUUCAUCAUGCAGUCUCGUCAUCAUCAUCAUCAUCAUCAUGAUGCACCAUAUUCACAUUGAUCGGAGAGCAAGUGAUCUCAGCUGCCUAAUGUUUAUAAUGGAUUGGGCAUUUGCCUUUGGAAAUUCUUGCUUACGCUGGAACACGAAGCUAAUGCUCUGCUGGAAAGUCGAAUACUUGGAUGUUUCUGCAUUGUGUCAUGAAUCAGAAAGAGGAAAUUAGCAUCCAUGACCGGGACAGUGAUAAACCUGGAGCAUAAUACUUAUAUAUGACUAGUGGUGGGAUCGAUCCGAGUGACAUUUGAACCUUGAGAAGGCCAUCGUUGUUGUUAGUUGUGACUCUGUCUGUACAUGGAUACACCUCCUCGGAGGACAUGGAAAUUUGACAUGAAAGGAUAAGCUGUGAAAGCUUGUUAGGAAGCUACCGUUUCUUAUUGAAAAACUAGAUUCAAUUAUUAUCAGUGUUCUCGCUUGUCAUCAAAUAUGAUGCAGAUGAUGAAUGGUGGUAAGCUCAGAAUUAAGCGAACUCUUUGUUCGGUGUCUCCAACUUUGUCUGUUAAAUACCAACUGCUUGUCAUCUUUUCUAAAUUCAAUAUGUUCUGCUCAUAUUUAUGAACCAACUUUGUCUGUUAAAUACCAACUGCUUGUCAUCUUUUCUAAAUUCAAUAUGUUCUGCUCAUAUUUAUGAACCUUUGAAAUUCUUGUGCACCGAAAAUUAACAUAUUUGUAUUGGUAGCUGCAGCAAAAUAGAAUCUGAUUAAAUUUUAAAGCAAGAUUAGAAAAGAAUUUUAUUCUCUGCUUUUUUUUUUUUCAGAUAUUGUUGUAGACACACUAGUUACUAGUUCCAUUAUUUAGGAAGAUUGUGAAUUUAUCAAUCCAUUAUCUUUGCAUUAAAUUUCAUUUUUCAUUAUCAUCAGUGUUCUCGCUUGCAAUAUUUCCCAUUUAUGCUUUGCUUGAAAGCUUGUUAGGAAGCUACCGUUUCUUAUUGAAAAACUAGAUUCAAUUAUUAUGGCCCAUGAAAAAGUACAAAUUUGACACAAAAUGUAGUAUAUGGUUUGUAUAUAACCUUCAGCAUGUUUCAGCAUCUUUCGUAGUAAAAUAUAGAUCCAUCUUGUAACUUACUCGGAAUGUCUCAGAUUAUGUAGCUCUUGUUUUCAUAGUUCAAAAAAGCUACGCAUGAUUUGUGUUUGGCAAAGUUCACCGGUGGUGUCAGAUUCUUGUUUGGUUGUCCAUUUGCGAUGCCAUCAUAGCAAGGGAUCAAAGGACAGGCUGUUGCGUUUCUGGCCCUAGUCCAAGAUGCAUCGAUGAGGGAGCAUGCGGAAGUCGGUCCAUGUGAAGUGGGACCUCAUGGAAACCAUCAGCAGCUUCUUUGAUCCCAAUUGGAUACAAUCUUGGAUAUCAUCGUCGCUGCAGUCCGAAGAAGGAAACCAUCAGUUUGAACUAAGUGGGAGGACAGGAACUUGGAGACUGACUCUACUUUUUCCGGAUUCAACAGCUACUACGAACUCCAAUUCAUCAUGCAGUCUCGUCAUCAUCAUCAUCAUCAUCAUGAUGCACCAUAUUCACAUUGAUCGGAGAGCAAGUGAUCUCAGCUGCCUAAUGUUUAUAAUGGAUUGGGCAUUUGCCUUUGGAAAUUCUUGCUUACGCUGGAACACGAAGCUAAUGCUCUGCUGGAAAGUCGAAUACUUGGAUGUUUCUGCAUUGUGUCAUGAAUCAGAAAGAGGAAAUUAGCAUCCAUGACCGGGACAGUGAUAAACCUGGAGCAUAAUACUUAUAUAUGACUAGUGGUGGGAUCGAUCCGAGUGACAUUUGAACCUUGAGAAGGCCAUCGUUGUUGUUAGUUGUGACUCUGUCUGUACAUGGAUACACCUCCUCGGAGGACAUGGAAAUUUGACAUGAAAGGAUAAGCUGUGAAAGCUUGUUAGGAAGCUACCGUUUCUUAUUGAAAAACUAGAUUCAAUUAUUAUCAGUGUUCUCGCUUGUCAUCAAAUAUGAUGCAGAUGAUGAAUGGUGGUAAGCUCAGAAUUAAGCGAACUCUUUGUUCGGUGUCUCCAACUUUGUCUGUUAAAUACCAACUGCUUGUCAUCUUUUCUAAAUUCAAUAUGUUCUGCUCAUAUUUAUGAACCAACUUUGUCUGUUAAAUACCAACUGCUUGUCAUCUUUUCUAAAUUCAAUAUGUUCUGCUCAUAUUUAUGAACCUUUGAAAUUCUUGUGCACCGAAAAUUAACAUAUUUGUAUUGGUAGCUGCAGCAAAAUAGAAUCUGAUUAAAUUUUAAAGCAAGAUUAGAAAAGAAUUUUAUUCUCUGCUUUUUUUUUUUUCAGAUAUUGUUGUAGACACACUAGUUACUAGUUCCAUUAUUUAGGAAGAUUGUGAAUUUAUCAAUCCAUUAUCUUUGCAUUAAAUUUCAUUUUUCAUUAUCAUCAGUGUUCUCGCUUGCAAUAUUUCCCAUUUAUGCUUUGCUUGAAAGCUUGUUAGGAAGCUACCGUUUCUUAUUGAAAAACUAGAUUCAAUUAUUAUGGCCCAUGAAAAAGUACAAAUUUGACACAAAAUGUAGUAUAUGGUUUGUAUAUAACCUUCAGCAUGUUUCAGCAUCUUUCGUAGUAAAAUAUAGAUCCAUCUUGUAACUUACUCGGAAUGUCUCAGAUUAUGUAGCUCUUGUUUUCAUAGUUCAAAAAAGCUACGCAUGAUUUGUGUUUGGCAAAGUUCACCGGUGGUGUCAGAUUCUUGUUUGGUUGUCCAUUUGCGAUGCCAUCAUAGCAAGGGAUCAAAGGACAGGCUGUUGCGUUUCUGGCCCUAGUCCAAGAUGCAUCGAUGAGGGAGCAUGCGGAAGUCGGUCCAUGUGAAGUGGGACCUCAUGGAAACCAUCAGCAGCUUCUUUGAUCCCAAUUGGAUACAAUCUUGGAUAUCAUCGUCGCUGCAGUCCGAAGAAGGAAACCAUCAGUUUGAACUAAGUGGGAGGACAGGAACUUGGAGACUGACUCUACUUUUUCCGGAUUCAACAGCUACUACGAACUCCAAUUCAUCAUGCAGUCUCGUCAUCAUCAUCAUCAUCAUCAUGAUGCACCAUAUUCACAUUGAUCGGAGAGCAAGUGAUCUCAGCUGCCUAAUGUUUAUAAUGGAUUGGGCAUUUGCCUUUGGAAAUUCUUGCUUACGCUGGAACACGAAGCUAAUGCUCUGCUGGAAAGUCGAAUACUUGGAUGUUUCUGCAUUGUGUCAUGAAUCAGAAAGAGGAAAUUAGCAUCCAUGACCGGGACAGUGAUAAACCUGGAGCAUAAUACUUAUAUAUGACUAGUGGUGGGAUCGAUCCGAGUGACAUUUGAACCUUGAGAAGGCCAUCGUUGUUGUUAGUUGUGACUCUGUCUGUACAUGGAUACACCUCCUCGGAGGACAUGGAAAUUUGACAUGAAAGGAUAAGCUGUGAAAGCUUGUUAGGAAGCUACCGUUUCUUAUUGAAAAACUAGAUUCAAUUAUUAUCAGUGUUCUCGCUUGUCAUCAAAUAUGAUGCAGAUGAUGAAUGGUGGUAAGCUCAGAAUUAAGCGAACUCUUUGUUCGGUGUCUCCAACUUUGUCUGUUAAAUACCAACUGCUUGUCAUCUUUUCUAAAUUCAAUAUGUUCUGCUCAUAUUUAUGAACCAA